AUGGACGACGAUUUAAUCGAUUUGAAUAUCGAUUUAAAUCGCGCAAUAGAAGAAAAAUUGUAUAAUUAUGACGAAAAUUUAGAGAAUCAUAGAGAAGUAUACGACGUUGAAGAUGAAGUUGAAGAUGAAGUUGAAGGCACAUCUCAGCAAGUUAUGGUUCCAAAUCAUUGUAUUGAAGAAGGUUCAAUAAUACAUUCAAUUGAUACAAACCACGACAUCUUUGAAAAUCCAAAUAAUGAGCAGGAACAAAACAUUGAUAAAGAAUUAGAUGGCAGGAAGAAUAGAUAUAAAGAAGGAACCACAAUAGUUAAUGGAAAAUACUUCUACUGCUCUGCUGCUGGAAUAAGAGACCCUCCUAAAAACAAAGAACUCAAAAAUGAAGAUGAUCAAUCAGAUGCAAAGAAGAAAGAAAUGAGAAAGAGAAUUAUGAUAACAAGAACAAAAUGUGAAGCUCAAAUAUUUGCAAAGAAGAAUGAAAAUGGAGAUUUUGAAAUAGAAAAGCAUGUAGUGGUACAUAAUCACCCAUUGACAAGAGAAAUAAGUAAUUAUCUCCACCGAUUGGAACGACAAAUGACAGAGCCUAAAAAAGAAGCUAUUGAGGCAAUGUCAGAAUGUGGCCUGAGACCAAUUGAGUCUUAUAGAUAUAUGUCAACAGAAACUGGUGGAGACGACUGUCAAAUUGAUGGCAAGGAUUCACAAACACUAGUGAACAAACUGUAUGACUUACCAUCAAUAGAUCCUGAGUUCCUUUUCAGAGUAAGACUCAAUGAUGAAGGAAAAGUUGAGUGUCUAUUUUGGAGGGAUUCUAUGAUGAGAGAAGAUUACAAAAUAUAUGGAGAUGUUCUAGCUAUGGGAGGAAAGCACCCUAUAUCAAUUUUCACUGAUCAAGAUGCAGCUAUUGCUGCUGGAAUACAACAGGUUUUUCCUUCUUCAAGACAUAGGUUAUGCUUAUGGCACUUGAGUAAAAAUGCAAACAGUAGAUUUGGUUUAUUGAAGUCUGAUAAAAACUUCAAAAACGCAUUCUACAAGUGUUUAAGUGGGUGUAUAACACCAAAUGAUUUUGAAGAAACUUGGAAAUCUAUGAUCAACACUUUUAAACUGGAAAAGGAUAAUUGGUUCAACACAUUGUAUGGUCUUAAAGAAAAAUGGUGUACAGCUUUAAGUAAAGAUUUUUUUUAUGCCGGUAUACUUUCUUCACAAAGAAGUGAAAGUACAAACCAUGCUGUUGGAUUCAAAGCAAAUAAAAGUACAACAUUAACAGAGUUCUAUAGUAUUUUUCAAGCUACAAUAAAUCGAUGGAGAGAAACCGAAGAAAAAGACGACUUUGACUGUACAAGAGGAAUACCUACUUCAGAGCUAAGUAUGAGUGCUAUAUUAAAACAGGCAGCAAAUGUAUACACGAUAACACUUUGUAGUAGUGGCAAGUAG